UGGCCCCAGCCCCAGGAGCUCCAGCAGCACUGAGUUCCCGAUGAAAUGUGGGAAUUGCCACUGCCACAAGGGCAGGCUGCCACUGUCCUCUGGGCAUUUGUUCUCUCCAAGAGCCUCACCUGGGCCCGUGUGGGGCCGUGCCAGCCCUGGGCACACAAAGGGCUCCAUUGUGGCUCCUGGCCGUGCCGGGGCUGGGCAGGAAGGGCUGUGCUGGGCACUGACAGCAGCGCUCACUCCUGCUCCCUCCUCAGGUUUCCCGGACAGGUAUUUAUGGCCCCCGGACACACGGCCAGGCUCCCCAGCUGUGCCUGGGGCCGGGAUCAUGCCCAGCCCGUGCGUGGGCAGGAGGCAGAGCAGCAGCAGCCAGGCGCUCGCCUGAAGUGGAGGAUGGAAGGAGGGGACGGUGCCGGCGGUGCUGCCCCUGCUGACAGGAGGGCCACAGCACAGUUCCCAGCUCCCUCCAGGACCUUCUGGAUCCUCCUGUCCGUCGCCUUGUUGUUUUUUGUGGUUGUUGGUGUCAGUGUCGUGGGGGUUCUCAGCUCCUCCCCCAGCUCUGCCCAGGCUGGCUCCCAGCUCCUCCGAGUGACACUCCAGGGCCAGCAGGACCCGCUGAGGAACCAGACAGCCGUGGUGGACAAGGCCAGGAGCACUGUCACCUACUACAUCACCUCGCAGAGCAACCAGAGCGCCGUGGUGCUGUACGACAGCAGCAACGGCUACGUGUGCUACAAGCCGCUGCAGCAGCGAGCCUGCUACGUGAGGAGGAUGGAGCCCUGGGACCUGCAGACCCUGCAGACGGCUCUCAACACCUCUGAGCACAGCGCUGAGCAGCUGCUGCAGCCCAACAACCAGACCCAGUUCUACCGGGAGUUCCUGGGCAUCGUGGCCGGGGAGCAGCUGGAGCCCAGGGGGCUGGGGCAGGCUGUGCAGAGCCUGUGUGGGCACAGCUCCAUCUUCUGGGUGCGCAGAGGCCACGGUGCUGCAGCCACGGCCGCCCUCUGCCCCCAGACUGGAACUGGACUCCUGAAAAGCCUCUGACUUCCACCAGGAAGGAACACCCACAGCACCCCCAGAGCUUCCUGCUGAUUCCGUGCUGCAGGUCAGGAGUUUAGAGAAGCAGCAUCAGGAGAGUUUAGGGAAACAGCAUCAGGAGAAUUUAGAGAAGCAGCAUCAGGAGAGUUGAGGGAAGCAGCAUCAGGAGAGUUUAGGGAAGCAGGAGGCCUCUGCUCAGCCCUGUCAGCACAGACUCUGCAGCUCUGCUCCAGGGCUGUGCCUGGAAUUAGGAAUCAGGAGACCCAGGCCCAGAGGAAUCCCAGGAAGCAGCUGAGUUUUGGGGCUCCAGGC